AUCAUCCAAACCAUCCUAUGCCACGGCUUCUGUGGUGACGCACGCUUUGUACCAUUUGAAUCUCCUGCGUGCCCGUGUGGAGAGGCCCCCAUCCAAACCCGCGACCACAUUCUCGCCGAUUGCCCGCUCUUUGAGCGCGGUCGGCACCACCUUCGCGCCGUGUCACCCUCCAUAUCCACGCCCGUCGCCCUCGCCACAAAAUCCGUCCUCCAGGCCCUCGCGAACAUUAUCGGCACCUCGAACGCAUUCGCCAAGUCCGCCCCGGAGCCCAACAAUAAGCCCCCAUAG